CACCUCAGUCUCGGAGUACCAAACACGAGCAAAAGAAAUCAACGCGGAAUUGACCGAACAUGACUUCCAAUGGAGUGCCCAAUGGCACGACCACGUCCGAUACACCAACAUCAACAUCGCUGGAAGGAUCGAAGCCAAAGCAUACCAGUUUGGCUUUGACGGAAUAUACUGCAGAACCGUCCGCCUCAGAUCCGUCGCCGCUCACCUCUGAUGACAAAAAGACGUCUAUCAUCCCAGAAGCUCUCCUCUUGCCCAAUGGCUACCCCGAUUACAUCCGUUUGAUCACAACAGCAAAGGUCUACGAUGUCGUCGAACAAACUCCUCUCACACACGCGAUCAACAUCAGCAAUCGACUGGAAACCACCGUCAUGCUCAAGCGAGAAGAUCUGCUCCCGGUGUUCUCUUUCAAGCUUCGAGGCGCUUACAACAAAAUGGCCCAUCUGAGCCAGGAGGAGCGCUGGAAGGGUGUGAUUGCAUGCUCUGCUGGAAAUCACGCUCAAGGAGUCGCAUACUCCGCUCGUAAGCUGCGCAUCCCAGCGACCAUCACAAUGCCGGUGGGAACGCCGGCCAUCAAGCACACGAAUGUCUCGCGACUCGGCGGAAACGUUGUCCUACAUGGGCAGGACUUUGACGAGGCCAAAGCUGAGUGCAACCGCCGAGCAGAGGCAAAUGGGCUGAUCAACAUUCCACCAUUUGACGAUCCGUAUGUCAUUGCGGGCCAGGGUACCAUCGGAGCUGAGAUUCUUCGACAAGCAGAUCUCAGCAAGCUGGAAGCCAUCUUCUGCUGCGUGGGAGGAGGUGGUCUCAUCGCUGGAGUCGGUGUCUAUAUCAAGCGCUUCGCACCCAACGUCAAGAUCAUCGGUGUGGAAACGUACGAUGCCAAUGCUCUGGUUCAGUCACUGAAACAGGGAAGCCGUGUAACUUUGAAAGACGUCGGCCUCUUCGCCGAUGGAGCUGCUGUGAAGACCGUCGGCGAGGAGACUUUCCGCAUUUGCCAAGAAGUCGUCGACGAAGUCAUUCAAGUGGAUACGGAUGAUAUCUGCGCUGCCAUCAAGGACGUCUUCGAAGAUACGAGGUCGAUCCUCGAGCCAGCCGGCGCUCUCUCCCUUGCGGGCUUGAAGAAGUAUGUUGCUUCGAACCCUUCGCAGGACACAAAACGUCAGCUGGUGGCUCUUGCGAGUGGAGCGAACAUGAACUUUGACCGAUUGCGCUUUGUUGCAGAACGAGCAGCCAUUGGUGAGAAGAAAGAAGCCUUACUCUCCGUCACCAUCCCGGAGCAGCCAGGUGCUUUUGCCAAAUUGGUGGCUACCGUCAAUCCAAUGGUUGUCACGGAGUUUUGUUACCGAUACCAUACUACUGUUGCGGCGAGCAUCCUGAUCGGUAUCCAGGUGUCAGCCGCAACACGAGAACGAGACGUGCUCGACCUCCUUCAGCGCCUCGAGAAGGAAGGCAUGAAAGCCCAGGACAUCAGCGGAGACGAGAUUGCAAAGAGCCACAUCCGCUACCUGGUCGGAGGAAGGAGUAGCGCAGAGAACGAGCGACUGUUUGCGUUUGAGUUUCCUGAGCGUGGCGGUGCGCUGUACAAAUUUCUCACCACCCUGCAGCCUGGCAUGAACAUCAGUCUCUUCCAUUAUAGGAAUUAUGGCGGCGACAUCGGAAAAGUGCUUGCGGGCAUCCAAUGCCCUCCUGGUGAAGAGCAGGGUCUGGAGACAUUCCUUACGGAGCUCGGCUAUGGCUAUACGGAGGUGACCAACAACGAGACCUACAAGAUGUUCAUGCGGGCAUAA